AUGGGACGAGCGCCAAUUCUGUACAUGAAAGAAAUCUCCUAUCCGAUUCUGGCGGCGUUUGGGAUCCCUGACGUGUGGUGGAACCUGGGGUGUGAGCCGGCGGGGAUGACGUUGAUGGGAAGCUGCGCCGACGUGCUGCGAGAGUCCAUCGCUAACGUGUUGACGGCUGCGAUCUUGUACCGGGGAAAGUGCGGUCUCUCCAGAGGAAUCACGCGUUACAUGGUGGCGAUGGCGAUUUCCUCCCUCCUCGUGCUCAUCUUUCACGUGUUGCUUCGAGAAAUCUACAUUUUUCAUUCGUCUAACUCCUUCCUCUCCCGCAGCACAGUGUGCCCUUCAUAUGUACACUUGCGUGUCCUCACUCUGGACUAUUCCGUCUGGUUAACCGUGUCCUUCACCUUUGACCGUUUUGUCAGUAUUUGCUGUCCGAAGCUGAGACUCAGAUAUUGCACGGAUAGGACGGCCGCCGUGGUUAUUGUGUCCUUGUGCGCUCUGAGCUGCUUAAAGUACAUCCCCUUUCACUUCAUGUACGAGCCACAUUACGUCAUUGAUAAUGUGAACUGGGGGUGUCGGCCCACAGCCGCCUACUUCACCUCCAUCUGGUGGGUGGUUUUCACCUGGAUGUGCAGCAUCUCUCUCUCCUUACUCCCAGUUGGUGUAAUUGUGCUUCUGAACGGGAUGACGGUGAAGAACAUUGUAGCGGCCAGCAGGGUCCGACAACGCCUGAAGGGACAGGAUGGCAAGGACAGUGAGACGGAGAAUCGGCGCAAAUCCAUUGUCUUACUCUUCACCGUGUCAGGCACGUCCAUACUACUCUGGACGACGGCAACGGUGACUUUAAUCUGUACUAGAGUCACAGUCAAUUUUGUGGGCGAGGAUCUCAAAAGCCCGUCUACCGUCGCCAACGAGGUGGGGAUUUUGCUCAUACGCAUCAGCGCAGGGGCCAAAACGUGCAUCUACGCAAUGACCCAAAGCAAGUUCAGACAGGAGUUGCAGAACGGGAUUAAAAGUCUCACUCGGUUCAUCAUUAAACCCACCAAACUUGCGAGGCAGUCGGUCUAG